CAAAAAAAGAUCUGCUCUUACAAAACAAAAAGAACACGACACGCAUAUAGGUGUGUACGUAUCUGCUGUUGUUUGAAUACAUACAUAUCAAGAAUCCUCAGUUUAACAUCUGAAAAGGACUGCGAUACACGUUUACAAUCAUCUGCAUGCAUCGCAGUUUGUUGCUCAUUCCAGCAUCCAAGCACAUUUGGAAGUUUGUGACACUCGAGAGCCAAAGACACUGCUCCUUUACCAAAUUAGUAGGCCCAAGCAGCAUUAAUAAUCGAACCACCAUGCCAGCAGAAAAACGCAAGGCAACAUUUGCCAAAAUGGACAGCACCAAACAGCAGAAGCUGCAGGCUGUAAAAGAGGGGAAGGGGGAGAGAGAAGAGGGCUGGCUGCAGGGUGUGGUGGCAAAGCAACAGAAGGACAAUGACUUGAAAUUCAACAAGAAGCGCCUCCGUUUUCUGUCUCAAACCCAGAAGAUAAAGCAAGGUUCAGAGGGAGUAGUCUACUGGAUGAACAGGGAUCACAGGGUCCAAGAUAACUGGGCAUUAAUCUAUGCCCAGCAGCUUGCCCUAGAAGAGAAGCUGCCCCUGCAUAUCUGUUUCUGUUUGGUGAUACCACAAAACUCAGAGUCGGCCACCAUCCGCCAUUUUGGCUUCAUGCUGAGGGGACUGGAGGAAGUUGCUAAGGACUGCAGUGCCCUGGAUAUUCAGUUCCACCUGCUCCAGGGCUCCGCUGGAGAAUUGCUGCCAGGGUUUGUGGCGGACUGGAGUUUUGGGGCAGUAGUGACUGACUUCUCCCCUCUAAGGACACCGCUGCAGUGGGUGGAGGAGGUCAAAAAGGGGCUUCCAUCGGAUAUCCCCUUCAUACAAGUCGAUGCCCAUAACGUGGUGCCCUGCUGGGUGGCAUCAGACAAACUGGAGUAUUCUGCCAGGACGAUCCGUAACAAGAUCACCAAGCUUCUGAAGGAGUUCCUCACAGAGAUACCUUUAGUGGACAAACACCCACACACUGCUCUCCGAACCGCCAAACCAGUAGACUGGGCAGAGGCAUUGUCCUCUCUGGAUGUGGACAGGACGGUAAAGGAGGUGGAUUGGGCCAAGUCUGGCACUGCAGCAGGCAUAGCCAUGUUGGAAUCUUUCAUCGACCUGCGCCUCAAGAACUUUGCCACUCAGAGGAACAACCCCAAUUCUUCUGCCGUUAGUCAACUCUCGCCGUGGAUCCGCUUCGGUCACUUGUCUGCCCAGCGUGUGGUGCUGCAGGUAAAGUGCUGUGGGAAGAGUGCCGGCGAAUCCGUUUCCUCCUUCACAGAAGAACUGGUGGUGCGCAGAGAGUUGACCGAUAACUUCUGUUUCUACAACCCCAGCUAUGACAGCGUAAAGGGUGCAAAUGACUGGGCCCAGAAAACGUUGAAAGAUCACGCCAAAGACCCCAGGCCAUACGUCUAUACCCGCGAGCAGCUGGAGAAAGCCCAGACCCACGACAAGCUCUGGAACGCAGCCCAGUACCAGAUGGUGAUUGAGGGUAAGAUGCAUGGCUUCCUAAGGAUGUACUGGGCCAAGAAGAUCCUGGAGUGGACCUCCUCACCAGAGGGAGCGCUCUCCAUCGCCAUCUACCUCAACGACCGAUAUGAGUUGGACGGGCAGGACCCUAACGGAUUCGUAGGUUGUAUGUGGUCCAUAUGUGGGGUCCAUGACCAGGGCUGGGCCGAGAGACCCAUCUUCGGAAAGAUACGGUACAUGAACUACAAAGGCUGCACCCGCAAGUUUGACGUGGCACAGUUUGAGAGGAAGUACUGCCCCAAAGACCUGUAAUGAGGAUGGGAGCAGAGGCAAGUUGGGUGAAGAGUGUAUAGACUCUGGGAGCCAUAAUAUCCCAUACCUGGGUCAUAUUUGUAAGAUCAAAACGUAUCAAAAUGUUGUUCAAUGCAAUAAGGAAAAUAAUCCUUUCUUAUUACACAUUCAGGUGGUCCCUCCGUUUCAUUCUGUUGUGUUUGUUUUGGUGCCUAGUGAAUACUACCCUGUUCUCGAGCCUACUCCAGACUUUAAGAUGGGGUCAAGUUCGGUACAGCACAUUUAUUUUUAUCUGUGUUCUUAUUGUUCAGGGCCCGUAUCCACAAAGCAUCUCAGAAAAGGUCCUAGGAAUCCUGUUCACUUGUUUAAAAAAAUAAAAAAAAAAUACUCUUCAUUCUUGCCUAAUAUGCUGGCAUGCAUCAUUUAUUAUAUAUAUAUAUAUUUUUUUUUACAAAUUCUGAUAUUUUUCAUGUGAAAGGCAUUGCACGGAAUCAUACAGUAUGAUGGUUGUUAAAAGCUGAAUUUUGAUUAUAAUAUUACUGUUAUAUCAACACACUCAUCUCUCCCCUUCAACGACUCUGAAUCUCUUUUAGCACAGUAGGCAUCAAGUCACUUGCCGAUAAUGUUGCCUAAAACAUUUUGAAAGGCCUAUCACCAAACACAUCUCUGUCAAUUGCCAAACUUAUAGGCAUGCCCAAUUUAGGGAUAUUGCACUCCAAAGGGACAUCUUGAUAUAACAUGUAGGUUAAUGAAAUAGUCAAAACUAAAAAUGUGAUUUAGUGGUUAUAAGUAUUUAGGCAUAUCAUCAUGUGAAUUAGGCCUCGUGUAAAAUCAUUGUCAAACGCGCAAGAGAUACCUACUGUUGCAUGAAGGUCUAGAUUAUUUAUGGGUUGAUCGUAUAGAAAUAUCAAACCAUUCUUUCAACUCCAGAUGAAUUGCUUGUCUAUGGCGCAGGAACCACUGACUCACUGCUCUUUACUGUUAUCAAGACACCCGCUGGUAACUCUCUGGUAACUGGUUAGGACAGCUCACGAGGUCUCCUAAAUAUCUGCCGACUAGGUGGGACUCUUAUGGCUAAAGGGGCUUCACGCAUAGCUUUUAUUUUUACCCAUGAGAGUAGGAGAAAAAUGUCUCCAUUCUCAGCACUUGCGACCAAUGUUCUACUCUGAGACGCUUUGUGGAUACGGGCCCAGGUAGUACCUCCCCGUUUCACUCUGUUUCAAAAUGUUUUCCCCCUACUGAGCACAGCUGGGGGUUUUCAGCCACAGCAUGCUGCUAUUUCAGGUUUAUAUAAAUACAUGGACUGCAGAAGCAAUGUAUACACACACACAACUGUAAGUCGCUUUGGUUAAAAUAAUCUGUUAAAUGGAACAUACUGUAGCUAUAUCAAUGUGUGGUUGGUUGGGAAGCAGAUCAAACAUGUCAAAUAGGAUGUCAAACACUCUUCUGAGGUCAAAGGUAAUAAUACUCAAUUUUAUUUGUAUCUGGUAUCUAAGUGACUAUGCAAAUUAUGCUAGUGUAUGUACAUGUAUUAUGGUUUUGCGUGAUUGAUUUUCUUUGGCUUGUCAAGAACAUCACUGAUGUUUUAUUUCACGUGUAUUUCCUAGUGUUAUUUUGGUAACACUUUCCUUGACACCCAGCGUGGUAACACUUAUGUAUGUGUCAUAACCAGCCUUAAAGUAACGCAAUAUGUCACAACACGUGUAAAUAUAUUGGUCAUGACAGUGUUAUGACGGUGUCAUAACAUGUUAUGGCGCUUGGUGUUAAGUAAAGUGUUAGCAUAAUUUUUUUGAGUCACAGUUGUCUAAAGAAAGAGAUUAGCAUUAUGCUUUGUAUUUUUGAAUAAAGUUGUCAUUUGUUUUUA